GGAAGAAUAGUGCCCCAUCAUUGGUGUCAGUCAGUGGUGUCAGUGGGAAUAGUGCCCCAUCAUUGGUGUCAGUGGGAGGAAUAGUGCCCCAUCAUUGGUGGUGUCAGUGGGAGGAAUAUGGGAGGAAUAGUGCCCCAUCAUUGGUAUUAGUGACACCAAUGAUGGGGCACUAUUCCUCCCACUGACACCAAUGAUACUUACCUUGCUGACCCCUGCUCCAGCCUGGGCUCGCUCGUUCCCUCCCUCUCCCAUGGUACAGACACUUACCGGUCAGCUGUCUUCCUUCUCCGGCCGCUCUCCUCCUCUUCACUCGCUCGAUCUUCGCGGUGCCGCU